UCAUAAUUUGCUUUAGCAAUAUGUAGUAUUCAUCCGAAAUGGCAAAGUUAAGUAGUUAUUACUUUAGCUUAGAUAAAUUAAUAAUCAGUGUUUUUGUUGUACUUUCCACAUUAGGAUACGGUGUGUUUUGUAGUUCGUUGUUCAUUUUCGGAGAUUCAACAGUAGAUUCUGGCAACAAUAAUUAUAUCAAAACCAUCGCUGAGAAUCAAGCAAAUUACGAGCCGUACGGACAAAAUGGAUUUUUCCAAACGCCAACCGGACGAUUCUGCGAUGGUCGUAUCAUUGUGGAUUAUAUAGCUCAAUAUGCAAAGCUACCAAUUAUUCCUCCAUUUUUACAACCCUCUACUGAUUACAUCAACGGUGUUAAUUUUGCCUCUGGCGGAGCUGGUGUUCUCCCUGAAACCAAUCAAGGAUUAGCAAUUGAUCUUCCAACACAGUUGAAAAGUUUCGAAAAGGUGGAAAAGUGGUUGGUUGAGAAGUUGGGAGAAGAAGAAGCAAAAAAAAAGAUAAAGGAAGCAGUUUAUUUUAUUAGUAUCGGAAGUAAUGACUACAUGGCAGGUUAUUUAGGUAAUCCCAUGACACGAGAACGUUAUAACCCUGAGCAAUACGUGAGCAUGGUCAUUGGGAACUUGACUCAGGCAGUUCAGGUGUUGUACCAGAAAGGAGGUAGGAAAUUUGGGUUUCUGAGCUUGAGUCCUCUUGGUUGCUUACCAAUUUUUAGAGCUCUGAGCCCAAAAGCAAGUGAAGGCGGUUGCUUUGAAGAGGCUUCUGCUCUUGCUUCGGCACAUAACAACGCCCUAGGAUCUGUGCUCACAAAUCUGGAGUACAUGCUCAAUGGGUUUAAGUAUAGCAACUCUAAUUUCUAUGAUUGGCUCUACGAUAGAAUCAAUCAACCCACCAAAUACGGUUUCAAGGACGGAGUAAAGGCUUGUUGUGGAACCGGACCAUACGGAGGCAUCUAUAGCUGCGGAGGCAGAAAGAACAUCACAGAGUACCACUUAUGUCCCAACGUUGAUUAUUACGUGUGGUGGGAUUCUGUCCAUGCAACCGAGAAAAUCCACCACCAAUUGGCUAUGGCUCUCUGGAAUGGGCCCACUUCCUCUGUCGGCCCAUAUAAUCUCCAAGACCUCUUCUUCGACCAGGCCCAACUCAAAAUAGCAGAUAUCGUUGACGAUCAUAACGAUAAUUAUAUCAAAAUUACUUGAACUUUUUUUUUAGUGCAUAAUAAUAAUGAUAAUACGACUUUGAAUUUGGUCAUCCCUUCUCUACGAAGGCUAUUAUGCAAUUUGGAAUUUUUGGGUGGUUUUUGCUUAGUUUCCAUGAUCAAAUGACAUGUGGGUUUGGACAUGUGCUUAGUUGUUGAGAGGCACAAGUUAUGUUUUGAGUCGAAUAAACAAUUAGGGUUUGUAUCUGUGUCCAAGCUGUCUGUGAGGUGUUUGUUUUAUUCAGGAAUAUGUCAACCUGUUAGGGUUCGUACGCAAUAAUUUGUGAGAUUAAAAAUUGACAACUUAUGUUGUACUGUUUAUAA